AUGGCCCCCUCAAAGGGUGGUGAGAUGAAGAAAGGCCCUUCAGCCAUCAACAAAGUGGUGACCAGAGAGUACACCAUCAGCAUUCACAUACGCAUCCAUGGAGUGGGAUUUAAGAAGUGUGCCCCUCGGCCACUCAAGGAGAUCCGGAAAUUUACCAUGAAGGAGAAAGGAAUACCAGAUGUUCACACUAAUACCAGGCUUAACAAAGCCGUCUGGGCCAAAGGAGUAAAGAAUGUCCCGUACCACAUCUGUGUACGGUUGUACAGAAAACGUAAUGAGGAUGAAGAUUCCCCAAACAAGCUGGCCACCUAUGCUACCACUUUAAAAACUCUACAGAUCAAUGUGGAUGAAAACUAUUGUUACGCCAUUUAUGCUCCCACCGUGUUUACAGAGAUGCACCACUUCUGA